AUGGGGAGGCAGAAAAUGGAGGACCACAUCCUGAGGGGAUUCAUUGCAUUGAGUGCUGGAUCUGUGUUAAGGUCGCUCCUGCUCUCGCCGCUCCUGGGUGGUUUGGGAAGGGAGGCGGCCGGAGGGGGCAGGAGGUGCCGCUUCCCCUCUGGCCGUGCCCCUGGCCCGGCUGCCCCCCAGCCCCUGCGGGCCCGGGGUGGGCAGGUUGGGGGCAGUUGUGGGGAGCCUGUCCCUGCUAUAGGGAAGAAGUUACUUGAGGGACCCCAAGAUCAGCCCCACACGUGCUUCUUCUCCAGCCAAGCCAACUACAAGACCUUUUACUCGCCAGGCUGUACAUGCAGGGCCAGAAGCGGGAUCCGCACUUCCAAGCCCCAAAACCAGUGCGGUGCGAAGCCGAGCAUCGCACAAAGAGGCCGAGGCUCUAAUCCUAAUAACCUUCUCGAAACAAAGCUGGUGCCCCUGCCUGGCAAGCGCGGCCCGCCGGCUACAGCUCCGGGCUCUGCACAGGGCCGAGCCGUGCGGCCGGGGGCUGCUUCAGCGGGGCCGGGAACUGCCGCCGGCCCUUCCCGAGAGCUCAUCACUGAGCGGCGAAGAGUGAGCGCGCCGGGACCGGGCCAGGUGAGCGGUUCCACGCACGGCCCUGCCCCCGGCCCCGCUCCCCCUGGCCGGUCGCGGAGCCUGGGGCGGGACGCCGGGACGCCCCCUCCGCUGUACCCGGCCAACGCCAAAUAAAUAAAAGUGCUA